GUGUAGUGCUUGCGCCGUGUGAGUUUGUGUUGCUACACUAUUUGACAGCUCGACUGUUCUGUUCCUGCGCAUUACCAUUACAGACCAUUCAAUACUGACGGUGGGAGGGGGAACAUUUUCUCUUGAGUUGACAGCGCAGGAUAUUAUAAAUGUGUGGUUUUAUGUAGCACUCUAAACAUUCACGAAACGGAGGCCAUGUACCGAUAAAUUCAGGUUUGAUCGUAGAAGAUGCUCGGACCUAAAGACUGGUGCUGAAAUAACGAAGACAUGAUGUAGCCAUUGAGCUGGCGAUCUGUAGCUAGUCAGCGUCCAAAGACGGUGUUUCUCAUCUGAUCGAGUUCCAACCUUCGUGAGUCAAGAUUUUCAAUCUUUCACAAACAUGAGACUUAAGUGAACAGUGAUUAGGGAGAUGACGACUUUUCAGGACGUGAGCUGGCUGGUUCAGGUGGCGCUCUUCUGCGCCUCGCUGCUGGUUGUAUUAGCCUGGCUCAUUCAGUUCUCACUGCCAUUGCAUCGCCUUAGGUGGUGCACGAGGGUCCAAGGCAAGAGGGAGACCCCGUGGCAGCUGCCCUUGAGUCUCACCCACCAGACACUGACGGGAGGCGUGUGGGGUUCCCUCCUGAGGCUGAGGCUGGGACGAGAUGGAGCAGGGAGUGACACUGAAGCGGGUGUCAAAGGUCUUUUGUCCUCGCUUUUUGCGUUCAAGUCGUUCAGAGAGCACUGGCAGAGAGCCUGGGUCAGGGCGCUCAACGAACAGGCCUGCAGGCAAGGGAGCUCCAUUCAAAUCACAUUUGAUGACAGUCAUCAGCUCCUCACUUCUGCAUCCAUUGACCGUGUGACUUGCACCGACCAAUCAGUACGCAGCAUGGUCCUGCAGUGCAAUUGUACAGUCGGCACCGUAACAUUCCCCGUGACUGUCACUCAGCAGUCACCUGCAGCCGUUUCCAUGGAUACCUACCAGAUCACAAUGAAGCCCAUGCAGGCCCAGUUGCAGGUGUGUCUUGAGGAAGUGGAAGAAGAGGGUCUCCUUGUGUCCUGGACUUUUUCCAAGCAACCUCAUCUCUCUUUAACCGUAACACCAUGCCAAAGAGUCCAGAAAGAGGGCUCUGAUGUGGAAGUGGACAGUGAAAUGAUUGCAGCGCUGGUGGAGGACACACUGUACACAACACACCCUGCCAUGAUCCUCAACCUGAGAGCCUGUGUAUCAAGCCCUGCGUUCCCCAGGGAAAAGCAGAUCGGCGGUCUGAACUGUCCACCUCAGAGCACGCCUGUCAGACAGAUUUUGGUGCACCAACUCAAAGCAACCAAUAUCAAAAAAGGAUGUCAGACUCAUGUAGGGGAGCUUUGUUGUGUGCUGAAUCUGGACACUCCUUCCAUUGAACGGAGAACCGGAUUCCGUACUCCUUCCCCCAGUCCUGGAGCAGCCCUGCACUGGACUGACGACUUCAAACUGGAAGUAGGACCAGAAACCAAAGAACUCAAAGUAAGACUUGUGGAGAAGAACAGCAAAGGAGAACAGUUUCUGCCUGGUUGUGCUUCCUUACAACUGGAUCUCUCUAAAAGAAUUCCUAAUGGACAUCAUAAACUAUCCAUCGCACCAGGUCAUGGUCUGGCUCCAACUGCAACUAUAACAUUAGAACUGUUGUAUCUGGAGUCCAGUGAUUUGCGUGCAUGUCAGAAUGCCACUCCUCUGCGAUCCUCAGUCACCCCCUCAAAGAAGGUGGACGUGGACCGGACCAUCAUGCCCGAUGGCACCAUAGUCACCACAGUAACCACCAUCCAGUCACGACUAAAACUGGACCACAAACUAGGAGACUCUCCAUCUAGGUCUCCCUCGAAGGUGGAGGUGACUGAAAAGACUCCCACCGUGCUCACUAACAGCUUGCAGAGCACCAGUGCCAGUCCUACCCCCAGCAAAGGCACCCUCCCAAAUGGGCUGGAUCCCGUAGCAGAAACGGCCAUUCGGCAGCUAACCGAGUCGGCCAGUAAGGUACCCAAGAAGACACCUACUAAACGCAGCACUCUCAUCAUAUCUGGGGUGUCAAAGGUCCCCAUUACUGAAGAUGACUCAGCCUUAUCAGUGGGCUACGCUGCAGCAAUGGACACAGCCCUACAGGGGGCGCAUUCUCCCAGCGGAGCCCCAAACCACCACGGAGCAUCCGCACAUCAGGAAACAGAUGAGACUACUCCAUCUGAUGUGUCCGAGCGACCCUCCGUGGAUGACGUGGAGUCAGAGACCGGAUCAACCGGAGCACUGGAAACACGUAGCCUCAAAGACCACAAAGUGCAUGAAUGUUCUGUUCUAGUGGGAUUCCUCCGCAGUGGCACCAAGCUACUAUUCCGCAGGAAACACAAAGAGAAAGACCCCAGUUUCAGUCAGUCCCACGAGGACGUCUCAAACCUGGACAAUGACUCCUCCACAGCCUCCUGCUCCUCCACCAGCCGUAAAAAGUCUGGAAGCUUCUCCCGUCGCCUCAUCAAACGCUUUUCGUUCCGCUCGUCUAAGACAAAAGGCAAAUCCAGCACAGCCAACGGAGGGUCCAGCACUACAGAUAACUAAAGGAGAAACGGAGAGAAAGGACGAGUAAGAGAGACACGGUGCGGGCACCAGUCAAAUGAGUGUGGAACUGGCUUCAAAUUUCUCCAGAACUUAUUUAUGUUAUAUACUGAUUGUCCACAACCUUGAGGGGUCUAACGUGUAAGACUUCAGACCACACAUUGCACCCUGGAAGCCAGCCUUGUUUUGGUGUUUGUUUCUUUUUUUGACUGGAACAUCAUCCUUAACGUACUAUUAAGCAAUUCAUUAUGGAAAGAGCCAAAAAAAAUGUGUAAUAUCAAAGGUUUUGACCUUUGAUGCUUCGCUUACCUAAUUAAUUUGACGAAACGUAUAAAAGGCUGCUUUUGUGGGUGAUAAUGAGCGAACAAACUCGAGAAACUCAAAAUGGACGGAUGUCAUGCGGUUGUUGAGCACAAGGGGGCGACAUAGAUCAAUGAUGCCUCCAACACUGACGCUAUGUGUAGUUUUUCUUAUUUAUUUUAUUCCAUCAGUUGCACUUUGGUUCUUAAUCUGAUUGUUUACAAUGUUGGGGAGCUAUUUUUCUGUCAUUUUUAUCAUGUUUGUGUAUAGUUUACUGUUAUCAGCACUGAUUCUCUUCUCCUGAGCUCAUUAGGAGUAAUGUAUUUCCAGAGUGUGAUUUGCUAAGACAUGCUGUGAGCUUUGUUCUCGUUUUGCUGUUGCUAUAGCAUUUAGAUCAAGGGAUGGUUUGACCUGUUUUCAAAUAGUGGUACGUUUGACAUUCAUUGUGGCUUAAUAAUAUUUUAUAAUGAUGUUUUUAUUUGUUUAAGAAAACGGAAAUGUUCAUAAGUUACUGUAGGCAUAUCUCACUAAAUUGCGUUCGUGUUUUUGGUUGUAAAGUGUAACUCUUCAUAUGGCAAAAGGGAUACAGUACAUUUGUGUAUAUUUAUAAAUUAUACCACAUAUUAUUUUAAAUCUACAACCUCUUGAGCUACAUGCAGCGGAAAAAGGUGCUGUUUUCAGGGUCUACGUGAAAACAAACCUCAGGGGAUGACGUUACGUCACUAUGAAAAGGAAAAAUGUUUAAUCACGUUAUCUAACUUAUCGCAUUUUUUUUCUUUCAGAGAUGGCUUUUUGAACAAAACAGGCCUUACACCAGUAACAUGCAAACCAUUUAACUUAACAUUAGUUGCAAUAAACUUACCCAGAAUAGCGCCAUCCCCGCUUGGUUUACUUAAACACACGAAACGUAACGUUAGAUGUUGUUUGUUAUACCAUAGAUGGCUUUUAUUAUAGUAUUGAGCGUUAAAAGUAUAGUUCACAAAAAUCUAGCAUUAUUCACCUCGGUUUACUUUCUCUGGACCAUAUGCAUCGUGCAGUGUUAACCGAGGCUGUUAAAAUAUAUUUUUGUAUUGCACGACAGAAGGUCAUAGAAGUUUGAAACAACAUCAGAGUGGGUAAGUUAACGUUAAAUGACCACAAAUCUAAUUUGGGGCGAAAUAAGUUAGGGAAUCUCUUUUGCGGUAUACCUCCCCCAUCCCAUAUGAUCGGUGCAUAUUUCAGCAUUUGUUCUACCAAAUAUUUGAAAUAAUCAUAAUCAGAAAAAAGACAACUGGUUGUCAAAAUCUAAUUACUAACGUUACAGGAACACAUCUUACCUAUAAAACGUUGACUUGCCGUUCAUGAAUCAACGACAGAGCGCUUUUUUGUUAUAAGUUAGUUAGUGUAGCAUACUCCUGGAGCAUAAAGCCUGAAAAUGUUAUAUGACCAGAAUGUUAUGAUAACAGCGAACAAUCUCAAACGAAGGCCAUGGACCUUCUGAGGUAAUCGGAGCUUUCUAUUAUUGUGGUUCGUUUGAUGUUUAAUUUAUUCUGAAUAAAUUAUUUUUGAAAAUCCA